AUCGGUGACAAAAAAGGAGAAGCAUCAGAUUACGAAAAUCUAGGAACUGUGUUCCAGUCUGUUGGUCAAUAUACCAAGGCUAAAAAAUAUCUUCAGAAAGCACUAGUGAUCAAACAAGAAAUCGGUGACAAAAAAGGAGAAGCAUGUGCUUACGUAAAUCUAGGAACUGUGUUUUUAUCGGUUGCUCAAAAUUCCAAGGCUGAAGAAUACCUUCAGAAAGCAUUAUUGAUCAGUAAAGAAAUCGGUGACAAACAAGUAGAAGCAUAUGCUUACGGAAAUCUAGGAACUGCGUUUUUAUCUGUUGAUCAAUAUUCCAAGGCUGAGGAAUACCUUCAAAAAGCACUACUGAUCAAACAAGAAAUCGGUGACAAAAAAGGAGAAGCAUUAGAUUACGGAAAUCUAGGAAGUGUGUUUUCAUCUGUUGGUCAAUAUACCAAAGCAGAAAAAUACCUUCAAAAAGCACUAGUGAUCAGGAAAGAAAUCGGUGACAAAAAAGGAGAAGCAUCAGAUUACGGAAAUCUAGGAACUGUGUUUUUAUCUGUUGGUCAAUAUACGAAAGCAGAAGAAUACCUUCAGAAGGCACUGGUGAUCAGGAAAAAAAUCGGUGACAAAAACGGAGAAGCAUCAGAUUACGGAAAUCUAGGAAGUGUGUUUUUAUCUGUUGGUCAAUAUUCCAAGGCUGAAGAGUACCUUCAAAAAGCACUAUUGAUCGGAAAAGAAAUCGGUGACAAAAGAGGAGAAGCAUCAGAUUACGGAAAACUAGGAAGCCUGUUUUUAUCUGUUGGUCAAUAUUCCAUAGCUGAAGAAUACCUUAAAAAAGCACUAGUGAUCAGGAAAGAAAUCGGUGACAAAAAAGGAGAAGCAUCAGAUUACGGAAAUCUAGGAACUGUGUUUUUAGCUGUUGCUCAAAAUUCCAAAGCUGAAGAAUACCUUCAGAAAGCAUUAUUGAUCAGUAAAGAAAUCGGUGACAAAAAAGGAGAAGCAUCUGCUUAUGGAAAUCUAGGACCUGUGUUUAGAUCUGUUGGUUUAUAUGCCAAGGCUAACGAAUAUCUUCAGAAAGCACUAGUGAUCAGGAAAGAAAUCGGUGACAAAGAAGGAGAAGCUUCAGAUUACGGAAAUCUAGGACCUGUGUUUUUAUCGGUUGGUCAAUAUUCCAAGGCUGAAGAAUACCUUCAAAAAGCACUAGUGAUCAGGAAAGAAAUCGGUGACAAAGAAGGAGAAGCAUCAGAUUACGGAAAUCUAGGAGGUGUGUUUUCAUCUGUUGGUCAAUAUUCCAAGGCUGAAGAAUACCUUCAAAAAGCACUAGUGAUCAGGAAAGAAAUCGGUGACAAAAGAGGAGAAGCAUCAGAUUACGGAAAUCUAGGAAAUGUGUUUUUAUCUGUUGGUCAAUAUUCCAAGGCUAAAGAAUACCUUCAGAAAGCACUAUUGACCAGGAAAGAAAUCGGUGACAAAAAAGGAGAAGCAUCUGAUUACGGAAAUCUAGGAAGUGUGUUUUCAUCUGUUGGUCAAUAUACCAAAGCAGAAGAAUAUCUUAAUAAAGCACUAGUGAUCCAAAACGAAAUCGGUGACAAACAAGGAGAAGCAUCUGCUUACGGAAAUCUAGGAACUAUGUUUUUAUCUGUUGGUCAAUAUACCAAUGCUGAAGAACACCUUCAGAAAGCACUAGUGAUCCAAAAAGAAAUCGGUGACAAAAAAGGAGAAGCAUCUGCUUACGGAAAUCUAGGAACUGUGUUUAAAUCUGUUGGAAAAUAUACCAAGGCUAAAGAAUACAUUCAGAAAGCACUAGUGAUCAUUAAAGAAAUCGGUGACAAAGACGGAGAAGCAUCAGCUUACGGAAAUCUAGGAAGUGUGUUUUUAUCUGUUGGUGAAUAUAUCAAAGCAGAAGAAUACCUUCAAAAAGCACUUGUGAUCAUUAAAGAAAUCGGUGACAAAAAAGGAGAAGCAUCUACUUACGGAAUUCUAGGAACUGUGUUUUUAUCUGUUAGUCAAUAUGCCAAGGCUCAAGAAUGCCUUCAUAAAUCACUGGUGAUCAGUAAAGAAAUUGGUGACAAAAAAGGAGAAGCAUCAAAUUACGGAAGUCUAGGAAAUGUGUUUUUAUCUGUUGGUCAAUAUUCGAAGGCUGAAGAAUACCUUCAAAAAGCACUGGUGAUCAGUAAAGAAAUUGGUGACAAAGAAGGAGAAGCAUCAGACUGCGGAAAUCUAGGAAGUGUGUUUUUAUCUGUUGGCCAAUAUACCAAAGCAGAAGAAUACUUUCGAAAAGCACAAGUGAUCAUUAAAGAAAUCGGUGACAAAAAAGGAGAAGCAUCAGGUUACGGAAAUCUAGGAACUUUGUUCUUAUCUGUUGGUCAAUAUUCGAAGGCUGAAGAAUACCUUCAGAAAGCACUAUCGAUCAGGAAAGAAAUCGGUGACAAAGAAGGGGAAGCGUCAGAUUACGGAAAUCUAGGAACUGUGUUCCAAUCUGUGGGUCAAUAUACCAAAGCAGAAGAAUACCUUCGAAAAGCACUAGUGAUCAGGAAAAAAAUCGGUGACAAAAAAGGGGAAGCAUCAGAUUACGGAAAUCUAGGAACUGUGUUUUUAUCUGUUGGUCAAUAUUCCAAGGCUGAAGAAUACCUUCAAAAAGCACUAUCGAUCAGGAAAGAAAUCGGUGACAAAAAAGGAGAAGCAUUAGACUACGGAAAUCUAGGAAGUGUGUUCCAAUCUGUUGGUCAAUAUACCAAGGCUGAAGAAUACCUUCAAAAAGCACUGACGAUCAACGAAGAAAUCGGAGACAAAAGUGGUGUUGCAGCUUCAUACUUAAAUCUGGGAAAACUUUGUCGAAAAUUUCAGCUUAAUGCUAACAGUCAAGAAUUUGUUAAUAAAGCACUUGAGAUAAGUUACGAAUUAGGGGACAUUGAAAUGCAGUUUAACAGCCACCUUGCCAUUGCUCUGAACGCGUUAGUGGCAGGAGGAAGCAUAACUGAACUUCUUCGAAAUCUGUAUGAAAGCAUUCAGAAGUGCGAAGAAAUGCAUGAAUUUUUAAUGGGGAAAGAUCAAUUCAAAAUUUCUUUUUUCGAUGAGCAUGUGUCCCCUUACCUUCUUCUUUGUAGGUUGUUGAUUGAUACAGGCAGUUAUUAUGAAGCUCUUUACGUUGCCGAGCUUGGACGGUCCAGAGCACUUGCAGACAUCCUUUCAGAUAAGUACUCUGUGGAAAAAGAGAUAUCAGUCAACCCACAGUCAUGGAUUGGUAUCGAGAAUAUCAUGGACAAAAAUGCCCUUAGUUCCUGUCUUUAUGUUUCCUGCGUCGGUAAUGAUAUGUAUUUUUGGAUUCUUAAGCCAAACAGAAGCGUGGUGUUUCGACAAACGAAACUGAAAGAAAGUGCAGAUCAAGUCUUUGGAAAUGAAAAAAUUGGUGGUUCUCGGGAAUUGCGUCAAGAACAAUGCGAAGAUCGAUCAUUCUUCUCUUCAUACGUAAGCUCCUUGGCUAAAUGCCAUGCACCUCAGGAGGGUGGCACUGCAACUUUACGUUUGGUGGAAGAGGAUAAAGACACUCCAUCCCUGGGUGAUGGUUACAACAUGAUCGUUGCUCCUGUAGCUGAUUUACUCGAGGAACCAGAAAUCAUCAUUAUUCCUGAUCCUUUGUUGUACAGAAUUCCUUUUGCAGCAUUAACGAAUGACAAAGUCAAGGAAGAAACAAAGUACCUAUCAGAUACACAGAGGAUUCGUAUUGUCCCUUCCUUGACGACUCUAAAGUUGAUUCAGCUCAGUUCUGCCGACUACCAUAGUGAAACCGGUGCGCUGAUCGUAGGAGACCCUGAAGUUCGUGAUGUAUACUACCAAGGAGAACUUCUGGAAUUGGAGCCAUUGCCUUGGGCAAGAAAGGAAGCACAGAUGAUUGGGCGACUGCUUGGUGUUAAGCCUUUGGUGGGAAAUGAUGCAAGAAAGCACACAGUCCUAGAAAAAAUGCCGUCAGUAAGUCUCAUUCACCUUGCUGCUCAUGGUGAUGCCGAACGUGGAGAAAUUGCUCUUUCUCCUAUAAGCUCGUGCGGUACUCCUCACGAAGAAGACUACUUAUUGACAAUGGCUGAAAUUUCACAAGUUCGACUGACUGCCAAGCUGAUUGUUCUCAGCUGCUGUCACAGUGCAAGAGGCCAGAUUAGAGCUGAGGGAGUUGUUGGAAUCGCCCGAGCAUUUCUAGCAUCAGGUGCACGCGCCGUGCUGGCAGCACUGUGGGCUAUAGAUGACAAAGCUACUAUGCAGUUCAUGAAUCGUUUUUACGAGCACCUUGUUCAUGGUGAAAGUGCAAGUGAAUCGCUUCACCAGGCUAUGAGGUGGAUGAGGGAGAAUAACUUUUCUGACGUCAGGCUGUGGGCGCCGUUUAUGCUGAUUGGAGAUGAUGUGUCAUUUAAA